AAUGAAUUAAUCCCUUAGAAAUUUAAAUUCGAAAGUUACACAGUGGUGUUGGCACGUGCCGGCCUGCCACAGUGAAUAAAGCGGGAAAAGGUGGAAUCUAGAUCCCCAACGACCAAAUCUUCCCCGUCAAAACCGGGAACUUCUCCAAGAAAACUAUGAUCAACGGCUAUAAAUAUUCCUUUAGAUCCAACCGUUGAAUAUUAAAAUCAACGCCUGACGUUAAAUCCAAGUGCCUCCACAAUCUCCCAUAAAAACCGGUCCACUCUCAUCUCUCCUUGUUCAUCUCUGUCUCUCAAAUUAUAUAAGUUGUACUUCUCUCUCAAAAAAAAUAUUUAAAAAAACUGCUUUAAUCUGCGUAGUUAACUAGCUUCUUAUCCUGCGCCUCCUCUGGCCUGAGAAAUGAAGCCGAAGGGGAUAGUAAAGAGUUUGAUGAAAAGAUUCAACGGCUGAGAUUUUACGAUACUCAAAAAUGGACAGUCAGAAAAGCCAGGGGAAGCUAACGAGGACUCAGUCUUCACUUCUACGGUCAUCUCCAACUAUCCGUUCGUCAAUCCACAGCCUUAACUCCAUCAACGAACUUGGAGUUGACCAUGAACCGGACCUUGAAGAGCAGAAGCCGCAUAAACCCGGUUCAAUACCGGUUCGACCGGCUCCGUCUAGGAUAGCUCCUAUUCUUGCGAUUUUAGCGGUUUCUACUUACACCCUUUUCGUUUUCUUUAACAGGGAUGAUAUACCAACUUCAGAGAAUCUGUUGUUAGCUUUAAUUUUCGUAGCGGUUCUUCUUUUUUUAGCUGGCAAGAAAAAACAGUCAAUUCACCAAGGUUACAUUUUUUUCAAACACUUAAGUGAAGAAUACGGGAAAAAACUCGGGUUAUCAGGAAACCAGUCGAAACCGGUCAAGUGGUUCAUUGGGGAAACAAACAAAGAAGGGAACUUUGAGAAAGUGAACCGGGAAGGAGUUGAGGUAUACAGCAAUGGUGAUUUCUAUGAGGGUGAGUAUCACAAAGGGAAGUGCAAUGGUAGUGGAGUUUACAACUAUUUUGUGCAUGGAAGGUAUGAGGGUGAUUGGGUUGAUGGGAAAUAUGAUGGUUAUGGGAUAGAGAGUUGGGCUAGGGGUAGUAAAUAUAGAGGGCAAUAUAGGCAAGGAUUGAGACAUGGCUAUGGUGUUUACAAAUUCUAUACAGGAGAUACUUAUGCUGGUGAAUGGUGUAAUGGUCAAAGUCAUGGUAUUGGGUCUCAGUCUUGCUCUGAUGGUAGCUGUUACGUUGGUCAAUUUAAACGUGCUGUCAAACAUGGCCUCGGUUGUUACCAUUUCAGGAAUGGGGAUCGGUAUGCAGGGGAAUAUUUUGGAGACAAGAUUCAUGGUUUUGGUGUAUAUCACUUUGCAAAUGGACAUUGCUAUGAAGGGUCAUGGCAUGAAGGGCGCAAGCAAGGCUACGGAAUGUACACAUUUAGAAAUGGUGACACAAGAUGUGGGGAAUGGGAUUCAGGCAAUUUGAAAACUCCUUUACCCCCACUUACUCAUGCUGUCCUUCGAGCUGUUCAGGCUGCUAGAAAGGCAGCAGAGAAUGCAAUUAAAUUAAGGAGGGUGGAUGAACAAGUGAACAAAGCAGUGAUGGCUGCAAACAGAGCUGCCACUGCUGCUAGAGUUGCUGCUAUCAAAGCAGUACAAAAUCAGAUGGAUGGAAAAUUUUGUGACACUAACUAUUAUUGAAAGUUUCUCUUUUUAUUUUGUUUUACAACAUGUAACAAGUUUGGUAAAUGUAAAUUUACUACGCCAAAGUAUAAAAUAUUAUUUUCUAGGCCACCCCGGCAAGCAAAAUGCAAGCCGGUGGUUGAGUGUAAUAUUACUACUCUGAGGUUUACUUAACCACAACUGUAACUUGUAUAUAUGCCCCUUCAUCAAAUGUAAAUCAGCGAAAAUGAAGGUUUUUUCUCCUUUAGU